AUGUCACGUCGAGCAAAACAGAUUCUAGCUGCAGAAGCACGAAAAGCAGCAGAUGACAAUUCAUUUGUACCAGUUCUUCUCCUAUCUGAACUUGAUAUUACCAAAUGUAGUCAUGGGCAAUUUCUAGAAAUUCUAACCAAUUUCGAUGAAAUCUGUACUAAUCGACCUGUGGAUCAACGUUCGACAUAUGUAGAACGAGUUCAUCAUCGAAUGCUUCAACUGUUAUCUCAAAAAAUGACCAUUCCAUUGGAUAAAAUUGUGACAAUGGUCAAACAGUUAAUUUUAUUUCAUCCAGUUAUGACAAUUUUAACAUUGGACGAUUUAAUGAAAUUUGAUGUUCAAAUGGAAAAACGAUCAUUAAUUAUUCAUUUUGAUUUGAGUGGAUCGAUGAACGUAUCCGGUUUUAAUCCAUUAGUUCAGACCAUCAUUGGUCUGUGUACCAAAUUACAAAAUCAAGGUAUUCAAGUACACAUAUCCUUGUUUGGUGAUGGUCAUCAAGAAAGAAUACAUACUGCAGUCGGUGGUCGAUUACUUACUUUAGAUGAAUUUUCAAAAGGAAAUUAUCCACCUAAUGGUGGUGGUACCGCUUUCUGUCCAUCAUUUCAAAGAACAAGACAAUUUCCUACACCUUAUGAUGCAAUCAUCGUUUCUGACGGUGCCUUUACUGACAAUAUUUCUCAAUUGACUUUUCAAGAACAAUGUCAUACUGUUUUCUUUGUUGCACCGCCAUGGUCUCCCUUAGGUGUUGAAGAGAAACAUGCAAAAGCAAUAGCAUCAAGUGUCCAUCCUAAUGUUCCUUAUAUUGGUAUUGCUUCGGAAAAAUAUCCACAACUUGACAGUAUCAUUGAAGGCUUUUUACGUGAGCAUCAUUUUUUUGCUCGUCUACCUGGAUUUGUUACUAUUGGAAGUUAUGCGAUUCCAUCGAACCUUCUUGCACCGACUCAAAUGAUGCAAGUGUUCAACAAUUGUUUAGCUCAAGGCGAAAUUCAAUUGCAAAUUUUUACAAAAAAAAUUCUUGGCCUUUUUCGAUAUCUCGAAGAAACAGCGAGACUCAAUUUUGAACGAUGUAUUCGAGGUGAUGAUUUUCGAAAUCUCAUGUCAUUAGUAACACCACUGAUUAAGAUAUCCCAAGCUCAUUUAGAAACAAGUAAUGCUUGUCAACAAUUGUAUGGUUAUUUAAGCAAAAUAAUGAACAAUUUUGCACAUGAACAACAAAAACUAAUCAAGAAUUUAGCUAAUGAUCCGAAAGCAAAAGCAGAAUUAACAAAAUUUUGGGAUGAUGCAAUGAGUUUUAGUGAAAGAGCAUUGAUUAUAGAAGAAAAUGAACGAAAAUAUGGGCAACCAAUCGGUUAUUUAAAUGUUCGAAUCGCUAGUUUGACUUGUACAAGUGAAGUAUUAUCUGAAGCGUUACAACAAUUGAAAACUCUAUAUUCACCAGAAGAUUCCGAUCUUUUAUCAUUGAUUCUUGAUAUUUUAUCAAUUUCAAAAAUUGAUGAUCGAUCAAUAUCAAUUCCUGAAGAUUUACGUAUUCUUAUAUGGCGAAAACCGGAUGGUACUGUCGAUAUAAUGUCUAUUCUACGUCAAUUACCACUUUGUCUUCAACAAUAUCAAUAUUCACAACAAAUUCAAAGAGAUAGCGUAUGGACAUUACAACCAUUAGCAGCUAUUCGGUUGGCUUGGGUAAUGGAUGCAUCGGGUCGAACAUUUCCUGAUUUUAUCACACAAGCUUUAUCAAGUUUAGUCGUAUCGAAUAAAUAUCUUUCUGAUCUCGAUCAAGAUGAAAAUCGAUCAACAUUUUGGAUGAAAAUUUUACGUCAAGUUGCUCCAAAAAUUGAUCUUACAUCUGAAACUUUACAAUCAAUUCAUCAAAUUCUUACUGUUCACAUUUUGAAAGGAUUUUUACUUCAAUUGACUGAUGGUUCGAUUACUUAUGAGAAACAAGUUUAUGAAAAUGUUUCACCAUUUAUUGAUACAGAUGAACCAAUGGCUUGGUGUGUCUUUGUGAAUAAAGAUUUCGAUCUAGUCAAUGCUCGUACUGGUCAAGUCAUUGAACGGUCAACAUUUAUCACAGAUCCACACGAAGUUGAAGGAUGGUAUAGAAUGAAUCUUCAAAAACGUGGCUCUGUAGUUCGACCACAAUAUUUAUCUAAACGAGAGUAUCCCACCUUUCCUGAUGGUGCAAUUGAACUGUACAAUACUUCUACUCGAAAAGAUGUUGAUAUUCUACGUGAUCAAUUGAAAGAACUUGGUGGUGAUUCUUAUUCAUUUGAUCAAAUUAAUGCACAUGUCUAUACAAUUCGUGAUCGACUCACAACAAUUCCAUGUGUGCUUUGGGGAUCAACAGAUUUAAUAAAUCAAACAACAGCUAUAGCCAAAGCCACAUGUCAAGGUGCUACAUUACCAACAGAGAAAGUAACAAUAAACAUUACUCGACCAAUCAUCAUUGAUUACUUAGUAUCACAUUGUGAUGAUCCAUUUGUUACUGGAGCAUUACGUGGAUUUGGUGAAUAUGCACGAAUUGCAAGCCAACAAGCAUCGAAUGGUAUUACGGAACUUGAUUAUGCUAUUGAAUGUGGACAGAAAGCCACUACAGAAACAACUACUGUGCAAACCGCAUCAUUCAUUCAUUUGGAUAAAUCAGGUGUUCGAGAAUUUCUAGAACAACAGUACAAGAAAUUAACACGACGACUACGUUCGGUAAUGAAUCCUCCACAAUUCCAGAGUGUAUCUGCAAUGCUUCAAAAAGCACAACAAACAAUAGCCAAUGAAGAAAUUUUAGGUAUGUCUGAUCUUGAAUCGCUACCAACACAAAUAACUGCUAUAAAAUCAGCUGACAAAUCAUCACGAUCUGUUCUCAGUAAAGAUUUGUUCACUUGUCCAAUUACACUCGAUAUUAUGGAUAAUCCUGCAACAACAGCACCUUGUGGACAUAUGUUCGAAAUGCAAGCUAUCAAUGAUUAUUUAACAACAGUUAAUGUCUGUCCUAUUUGUCGAACCGUAGUAACUGGUAUUACCCAAAAUUAUGCCUUUAAGAAUGUUAUUGAAGCAUGGUUAGCACAACAAACAGAAUGA